GUGCGCCUGUCUUGAGUCUGCUCUUGAUUGUGGGUGGUGGCGCAGCGGCACAGCCAGGAGGGCUCUGCCAGUCCCUGGCUGAGGGGACCCUGCCCUCUUGGCAGCACAUAUGCCUGGGGAAGGGGCCCUCCCUGCCCCUGGGAUUGUCCUGAGUCACCGCUUUGGGCCGAGGCCAGGGGAGAAACCUGAUUGGCAAGGAGACGGCCCUGAGGCCGGGCCUGCACCAGGGAGGGUGGGAGGCUGGGGCCCCGGGCCGUACAGAUGACCACGGAGGGGCUCCGGGCGGGCGCGAGUCCUGGGGCUGGCCCCCCUUGGCAGCCUGGACCCCAAGGCCUCAGCCUCCAGCCCUUUCCAGGGCGAGGGCCAGGGCUGCAGACCAGAAGGCCGCGGGGGCUCCUGGGCUGCGGGGUGGGGCUGCAGGAGAGAGGGCUGGCCUGGCCCGGGGGCGGGCUCUGCCUGAGUUCAUUUCCUGCCGCUGGAACCAGCCAGAACAUGUGCCCCGGUCACUGCUGCCUGCUGCCCGACUGGAAGGUGCUUCCAUGGGCCCACAGUCUCUGCCCCGGGGGCCGGUGCAGACCCUUAUCUUCCUGGACCUGGAGGCCACUGGCCUGCCCCUCUCGCAGCCCAGGAUCACAGAGCUCUGCCUGCUGGCUGUGCACAGAUGUGCCCUGGAGAGCCCCUCGAUGUCUCAGGGGCCAGCUGCCACAGUGCCGCCGCCACCCCGUGUGGUGGACAAGCUCUCUCUGUGUGUGGCUCCUGGAAAGACCUGUAGCCCCGCGGCCAGCCAGCUCACGGGCCUGAGCGCAGCUGUGCUGGCAGCACACGGACGCCAGCCCUUCGACACCCACCUGGCCAGCCUGCUCCAGGCCUUCCUGCAGCGCCAGCCCCAGCCCUGGUGCCUUGUGGCUCACAACGGAGACCGCUACGACUUCCCGCUGCUCCAGGCAGAGCUGACUCUGCUGGGCCUCACCGGUGCUCUGGAUGGCGCUUUAUGCGUGGACAGCAUUGCUGCCCUGAGGGCUCUGGAGCGGGCUGGAGGCCCCGGGCAGUGUGGCAGCAGAGCGAGCUACAGCCUAGGCAGGGUCUACGCGCGCCUGUACGGGCAGGCCCCACCCGACUCUCACACGGCUGAGGGCGACGUGCUGGCCCUGCUCAGCAUCUGUCAGUGGAGGCCGCAGGCCCUGCUGCAGUGGGUGGACGCUCAUGCCAAGCCCUUCAGCUCCAUCAAGCCCAUGUACGGGGUCAAGCCCGCUGCCCUCACUGGAACCAAGCCAUGUCCAUCUGCACCCCUGGCCAGGGUCACCCAGCCCAAUGCUGGGGGUGGGCGGCCCCAGGCCCUUCCUCCAGCAAAGGGCCCUGGAGCCCCCUGCAUGGAGGGACUGCUGGCCCCACUGGGCCUGCUGGCCUUCCUGACCCUGGCAGUGGCCACACUGUAUGGGCUGUCUCUGGCCACACCUGGGCAGUAGGCCAGAAGGAAAGUAUAAUAAAUGCCCCGGACUGGUGGGCGCUCGCCUCCACCUCCUUGGCAGCCUGAGA